UAUGUGUGUGUGUUCAGGCUCAGAUUCUGCUGUUGGUGAUUCUCCUGGUUGCCAUAGUGAAUGUGUUUGUGGGGACAGUGAUUCCCUCCACCAAGGACAAACAGAGCAAAGGCUUCUUCAGCUACCAAGCCUCCAUCAUGGCUGAGAACUUUACUCCAGAAUUCCGAGAUGGGGAAACGUUCUUCUCCGUCUUUGCCAUCUUCUUCCCGGCAGCGACAGGAAUUCUAGCAGGAGCGAACAUUUCUGGAGAUCUGAAGGAUCCUCAGGGUGCUCUUCCUAUCGGUACACUGCUGGCCAUCGUGAUCACGGGAUUAACGUACCUCGGCAUAGCGCUGUGUGUGUCUGGUACAGUAGUGCGAGAUGCUACAGGAAAUGUAAACGACACCAUCACUCCAGGGUCAAGCUGCAAUUUUUCAGCCGCCUGUAAUUUCGGCUACGACUUCUCCGCGUGUGCAGAAAGCAAGUGCCCAUAUGGCCUGAUGAACAACUUCCAGGUGAUGACAAUGGUGUCUGGGUUUGGACCCCUUAUCACUGCAGGAACCUUCUCUGCUACCCUCUCUUCUGCACUGGCCUCACUCGUCAGUGCCCCAAAAGUCUUCCAGGCUCUGUGUAAGGACAACAUCUACAAAGCGCUGCAUUUCUUCGCUAAAGGUCACGGUAAAAACAAUGAACCCAUCCGAGGCUACGUUCUAACCUUCCUCAUCGCCGUGGCCUUCAUCCUCAUUGCUGAGCUGAAUGUUAUCGCUCCUAUCAUCUCUAACUUCUUCCUGGCCUCUUACGCCCUCAUUAACUUCUCCUGUUUCCACGCCUCCUAUGCUAAAUCUCCAGGCUGGAGGCCGGCGUAUAAGUACUACAACAUGUGGCUGUCUCUGUUUGGGGCCGUGUUGUGUUGCGCUGUGAUGUUUGUCAUUAACUGGUGGGCUGCACUUCUCACAUAUGCUAUAGAGAUCUUCCUGUACCUCUAUGUCACCGUCAAAAAGCCAGAUGUGAACUGGGGUUCCUCAAAGCAGGCUGUGACCUUCAUUAACGCCGUGAACAACACAUUGAUUUUAUCAGGAGUGAAUGAACAUGUUAAAAACUUCAGGCCUCAGUGUCUUGUGUUUUCUGGAGCUCCUAAAACUCGCCCGGCUCUGCUGGACCUCGCUCACUCCCUCACUAAAAACUUUGGGCUCUGUAUCACCUGUGAAGUGUUUGUGGGUUCUCAGACGGAGCUACAGCAGGAGCUCAGUGACCAUAUGGAACAGAAUCAGCUGUGGCUCAAUCAGCAGAAGAGGAAAGCGUUUUAUGGAGCUGUGGCGACCGACAGCUUCCGCGACGGAGCAAAGAGUGUGUUACAGGCAUCAGGAUUGGGGAGGCUCAGACCAAACACACUGAUGUUGGGGUUUAAGAGAGACUGGAAGACGGCUAACACUGAGGAUGUGCAGGUGUAUGUCGGAGUGCUGCAUGACGCUUUUGAUUUUGAAUAUGGAAUGGUGAUACUGAGGGUCAGUCAGGGACUGGACAUCUCACACAUCCUCACAGCUCAAGAGGAGAUGGAGAGGAUGCUCCUGGAGCAGCAGGUGAUGGAGAUGGAGGAGAACGGCUUUCAGGAAGGAGGAAAAGGAUUCUUUAAUAAAUACAGGAAGUCUAAGAAAGCACUGGCUCCUAAAGUUGUGGAAGUGCCUCAGACAUCUGAUGUAUUGAAGAUAAACCAGCGUUUAAUGGAGGCCAGCUCUCAGUUUAAGAGGAAGCAGGGGAAGGGAACAAUCGAUGUGUGGUGGUUGUUUGAUGAUGGAGGUCUGACCCUCUUACUGCCAUACAUACUGACCACCAGGAAGAAAUGGAGAGACUGUAAGCUGCGUAUCUUCAUCGCUGGACAACCGGAGCGUGUACAGCAGGACAAAGAGGAAAUCCAGGGUCUGCUGAAAAAAUUCAGGAUCAAAUGCACAGAUAUCACAGUCAUCACAGACCUCCACAUCAGACCCACAUCAGAGAACUGGAAGCUGUUUGAAGACAUGAUCACACCGUUUCGUCUGUAUGAGGGCUCUAAGGACACGGCUCAGGCUGAAACUCUGAGGAAGGAGAACCCCUGGAAGAUCACUGAUGCUGAACUGGACCGCUUUGAGGAGAAGACGACUCUUCAGGUGCGUCUGAAUGAGUUACUACAGGAGAGCUCCAGAGCAGCUAAACUCAUCAUAGUGAGCAUGCCCAUUGCACGUAAAGGCUGUGUAUCUGAUCACCUGUACAUGUCAUGGUUGGAGAUUCUGACUAAAAACCUGCCUCCCACGCUGCUGGUACGUGGGAACCACAAGAGCGUCCUGACCUUCUACUCAUAAAGGCUGUGUUCCAAUCCAGCGCUCUGUGUCCACUUACACUAUUGUCUCAGGAGUGCCUUUAAAGAGCUGUAGUGUCCCUUCAUAUGUAUUAGCCUCUUGAUCACUUUCUCUCAUGACACUGAAUCUAAAUUAUCUCAUAAGAUCAUUUCCUCCACCUGAUCACCUCAAUUAUCCACGGAGAAGAGGGUGGGUGAGGGUGCACUAAAACACAGGACUGAGACACAGCCCCUGAACAACACACUACUGCCCUCUAGUGGAAAUGUAGAUCUAUAGCAAUAUUGUGUGUGUGUGUGUGUGUGUGUACAGCAGGAGAGCAUAUGAAAGCUAACACUAAAAGAAGUUGAAAAGGAAAACAGAAGGAUGAAUAAAUGUAUAAAAGUAUGAUGUAAGAUUUUAUUAACUACUACACAUAUAAAGGACUAAAUCACUGAAUAGAUACAUGGAUGGAUGAUGUUGAGGGAUAUUUGCAUGUGAGAAUGUAAAAAUGAUACUGGAUGAUGGACAGACAGAUGGAUGAUGGAUAGACAGAUGAUGGAUAGACAGAUGGAUGAUGGACAGACAGAUGGAUGAUGGACAGAUGGAUGAUGGACAGAUAGAUGGACAGUGUGAGUAAGUGUAAUCAGAAGGACACUGAGAGUUACUUUAGAGGUGUGUGUUCCUGCCCUGUUGCCCUGGUGUUUAUUGUGUUGUUGAAUUAAAGGCACUUGGUGAAAAUAAAGCUGGGGAAAUAAAUCUACAGAUUUUUUAUUAAAUACACAUUUUUAUAUUUAUAAAUGCUUUGGGUGAAUAUUAAUGAAAUAAUUACUAUAUUUCAACUGAGAGAUUUAAAAUAAGUGUGUGUUCUUAUUAUGUACUCAAUAAAACAUUUAAAAAAUAACAGUAUUAAA